AUGCGUCCUAGGAUCUCCAAACAAGGGAGAGCAUGUCAUCCGGAAGGAGUACCCUCGACAAAGGGACGGUUUGACAUCGCCGUUAGAUUAAAAGAGGAGUUGUUGAAAAAAAGAGCAAAACUUGAAGAACUUCGAAGAGCAAGAGAAGAAAGAAAGCUAAAAGAAAAACCAGAGGAACCUAAAGAGAAACCUGUAGAAAAAGCUAACCCGACUGACAGAAAAAAUGAGUUAAAUAAACUUCUUGCGGAACUUCUGCCCAAAGCUGAUCCAAUAGAAGCUGUUGAAGAUAUCCUUGAUGAAAUGAAGGAUGUUUCACCCUUACCCGAAGAGUCGCAACUGACAAACGUUUCCACUCCUGCUCCAAUAGCUCCUUCAAGUCCAUCAAUACAAGGAGCCCGUUUUAUUCCCGAUUUUAUCACUUUCGAAGCGGUCAUAUUAGAUAUUCCUCCAAAGGAAAUUGUAUUUUAUAAUAAAGAAGUACAAACUACAGACACCUCUUUUAUUCCUCCACCACCUUCAGAGGAUGAAAUUCGUGCAAAGAUUAUUAAAGAAUUUGAAGAAGUAGAGCAACAACAAAAAAAGAUUAUUCUUAAUUCGCCGGAAUUCAAAGAAUUCAUUGACCUUUCUACAAAACAUGUUGAAAGGGCGAUCAAUGAAAACUAUGAUUUCAUGAGAGAUUAUCGAGUGAAUGAAGAACUUGAUGACGUCGAUGAUGGAGGACCACGUUUAAAGUUCUUGUGCUCAUAUUUUGAUGAUCGAUGGACUAAAAAUCGAUCUGUUACCGAUGUAAAUUGGUCAAGCAAGAACCCAGAACUAUUUCUUGCAUCUUACAACAAGAAUCCAUAUGCAAUCAAUGAUCCAGAUGGUAUUGUUUGUGUAUGGAGCUUACGUUUAUUGGAACGUCCUGAAUUUAUUUUCCACUCACAGUCGGAUGUUCUUACAACAAUGUUUUCUGAUUUCCACCAAAGUUAUAUUAUUGGAGGGACAUAUUCUGGUCAAAUUUUACUUUGGGAUAUGAGAGCCAAAUCGUUACCGGUCCUUAAGACUCCUCUAGGAGCUUCUGGUCAUACGCAUCCUAUAUAUUCAAUGCAAAUGGUCGGAACACAAAAUGCUCAUAAUUUGAUCACCGCAAGUACGGAUGGUUUAAUUUGCUCAUGGCAAUUAGACAUGUUAACACAACCACAGGAAUCGUUGGAACUUGUUCAUUCAGAUCAUCCUAAAACCGAAGAAGUUUCGGUUACAACUUUUGGUUUUCCUGAAAAUGAAACUUCUGCUUUUUGGGUUGGAACAGAAGAAGGGAAUGUUUAUCAGGCCAAUAGAUUUGGACAUGCCGGAGGAAAAGCUGGUAUCAAUCAGUAUGAUAAUUAUAAAGGGCAUUGGGGACCUGUUACAGGACUUCAUUUCCAUCCUCUUGAUGGUCCAAUAGAUUUUUCGGAUUUAUUCUUGACAUCAUCAGUUGAUUGGACUGUUAAAUUGUGGCGCUCCAAGUCCGUUUCAAAACCAACGGCUGGUGCACAAAAUAUUGUACCGUUAUAUUCAUUUGAAGGGGCGGAUGACUAUAUUUAUGACGUAAAAUGGUCACCCACAAACCCAGCCUUGUUCGGAUGUGUAGAUGGAAAAGGAUAUUUUACCUUAUGGAAUUUGAAUACGGAUACUGAAUUACCAAUUGUAAAUAGUAAAGUUAGUGAUCGCGCAUUGAAUAAACUUCAAUGGGAUCAAGAAGGAAAGAGAGUAGCCAUUGGAUCUUCAGACGGUCGUGUUCACGUUUAUGAUAUCGGCGAGUUAUGUAAACCACGUGACGAUGAAUGGAAUAUCAUGCAAACGACGAUAUCAGAAAUGAUUGACAAUAACGAUCCUGGGAGAUAUGCUUUAGCAAAAUAA